GGUCCGCGGGCGGGGCUGCCGGCGGUGUCGGCGGGCGGCGCCAUGGCGGUCAACUACAGCGCCAAGGAGGAGGCGGACGGACACCCCGCGGGCGGCGGGCCGGGCGGCGGGGCCGCGGCGGGCGGCGGCGGCGGAGCGGUGAAGACCCGCAAGCCGGACAACACGGCGUUCAAGCAGCAGCGCCUGCCCGCCUGGCAGCCCAUCCUGACGGCGGGCACGGUGCUGCCGGCCUUCUUCAUUAUCGGCCUCAUCUUCAUCCCCAUCGGCAUCGGCAUCUUCGUCACCUCCAACAACAUCCGCGAGUACGAGAUUGAUUAUACGGGAACAGAGCCUUCCAGUCCCUGCAACAAAUGUUUAAAUGUGUCCUGGGAUAGCACACCGCCUUGUACUUGCACAAUCAAUUUCACACUGGAACAUUCGUUUGAGAGCAAUGUAUUCAUGUAUUACGGACUUUCCAACUUCUAUCAAAACCAUCGGCGCUAUGUGAAAUCCCGAGAUGACAGCCAACUAAAUGGAGACAACAGCUCAUUGCUUAAUCCAAGUAAGGAAUGUGAGCCUUACCGCACAAACGAGGAUAAACCCAUUGCUCCCUGUGGGGCUAUUGCCAACAGUAUGUUUAAUGAUACACUGGAAUUAUACCACAUUGAAAACGACACAAGGACUGCUAUUACUUUGAUUAAAAAAGGCAUUGCCUGGUGGACAGAUAAAAAUGUGAAGUUCAGGAACCCUACAGGAGAUGGAAAUAAUUUAACUGCACUCUUUCAAGGCACAACAAAACCAGUAAACUGGCCCAAACCUGUGUAUAUGCUGGACUCUGAGCCUGACAACAAUGGCUUCAUCAAUGAAGACUUUAUCGUGUGGAUGCGUACUGCUGCGCUGCCAACAUUUCGCAAGCUGUAUCGUCUCAUUGAAAGGAAGAGUAACUUACAGCCUACCUUACAGGCUGGAAAAUACUCGUUGGAUAUCACGUAUAAUUAUCCUGUACACAGUUUUGAUGGACGAAAAAGAAUGAUCCUAAGCACAAUCUCAUGGAUGGGAGGCAAAAACCCCUUUCUGGGAAUCGCGUACAUCACUGUUGGAUCCAUAUGCUUCUUCUUAGGAGUUGUACUGCUGAUCAUCCAUCACAAAUAUGGAAAUAGAAACACUAGUGCAGACAUUCCCAAUUAAUCUCACAUUCUGAAAGCAACCGUACUGCAUGUGCAUCAAGGCCAGUCCAGAAUGGACCCAGCUGGAAGAUAAAUUUCCGCUAAUGUCACUACUGAGGCUGGGUGUAUAAUUUUAUCGAAAGACCUCUUUUCCCCUUGCUGUGGAUUGACUCUCAAAAUGAGGGGUAUACAAUUAGCUAUAUCGAUUGUAUCUCUGCGUAUGUCAGAAACAAUUUUCUGAUAUUUGCCUCUAGCUGGGCAGGCCAUUUGAUGCAUGUAGCUCCGGUUCCCUUGAUGCAUCUGCUGCUUGACAUGUGCUGUGUAAUGUCAGUAUGAUUCAGUACAUACAGAUUGUGGAGAAGACUGCUGUAAGAUACUGUGUAAAUUGUUAACUUAGCGGAAUUCAAAUGUCAGUGCUGUUGAAAGGAAAAGUCAAGUCUUAAGUGUUUUUUCAAUUUACCGUCUUGUGUGCAUGGACUCUUACAUUUCUGGCUGAGAUUUUAAUAUAUUUAUAUUAGCGGUUAAAUGUUUUUUUCCUGUGUCCUACCCACCUUUGUUAUGUUAGAUUCUUCAAGUGCAGUGCGAAUCGCAACGCCUGGAAUUCCUUUUAAUAAUUGCAACAAAUGUGCCUGGCCAGUAAAAUAGCAUUCUAUAAAAACAUCGGAACACUUAUUUGUUAAUCAUCUGUGUGAGUUCCUCUUAAAUUUUGUUUUAAACUGCAAGAUGUUUGUUGCAGGUAGAACCUGCUGUUUUGUCAUUUUCUUUGCUUUAAGUUAUAUCCAGCAGUAGUUUUCCUGAUGUGCUUGCUGGUUUUGCUUUUUAAAGAGUAUCUCCAAGAAAUGAACCUAAAAUGUCUUUUCCAGUCACAGAUUUCAGUGAAUUCCUUUCUCUGAAAGAGUUUCUUGAAACGUACGUAUUCUGAGCUGAGCAGGCUUGUUGUAAAGGAGAUCUUAUAUUCUCUUUCCAUAUUUAAAGUAGAUGCCACAAUAAAUUCUUGCAGUGUUGACAUACUGAACUAUAGAAAUUCAGACGUUGAGAUGACAGUAACCUCUUUGUUAUUCCAAUGCAGGUUAAGUUUGCAGUGAAGCCUAACUGAAAUAUUGCAGUUAGAAGCAAUGUGUGGUUUAGUGUCUUAAACUACAGAAGGGUUCACUUCUAGGUUAAUUUGAAGCUAGCUAAUCCAUAAAAUACUAUUUUGACUUUUUUUAGAUGAUGCACAGAAAUUGUAAUGUAUAUGGUGAAGAUCACUUUAUAUGCAACUAGCUUGAUAAAGUACUGGGUGUAUUAAAAAGACCUAAUAAAUUCUGCAAACCAUUUAUUAAGAGAUUUUACUUUGUUCUUGAACACGCGUUUAUUUUCAUCUGGAUGAAAAGACACAUUGUCAUUAAGAAUGAAUGCAUUUUAAGCAAGUUGUGUUUCUCGGACGGUUACAAAAAAUCAAUAUAACAUCUAUAGCCAGCUUUAUACAACACUGUAUUAAUUUAUCACAUAAAUGCAAGACUGUUUUUACUCAGUGACUUGUGUAAUCUUUUGCAGCUAGCAGUUGAAGUGUAUAGGUCUGCAUACACUGCAGAAUGUAGCAGUGUUUCUAUGGUGCUGGCUUUCUGUAAAAGCAUACUAUUUGCUUGCAGAGUACAUUGUGGCAGCACAGGGCUUUUAAACACUCAAGUCUUCUAGAUUUUUUUUUUUUGCAGUGUUGUCUGUUGCUGGAACUAUAAUAUAAGGAUAUAUAACUGUAUAUUGCAAGGUUGGACUGUUGCACAAAAUGUGAAGCUGGCAUUCCUCUGCAGAACAGUUGUUAGCACAAAACAAAGUGAGUAAGGGGAUGUUUCCCAUUUACUGCUUAUUAAAGUAUUUUGAUUUUUAAACGGUUUGUCACUUGAAAUGUAAAUGUUUUGCUUCAUUCAUGACCCCUUUUUCUGAGUAGGGAAUGCUGUUUUUUGGCCUAUGUUCAAAAUGGAAAACAACAUUUUUCUAUCUCUACCUUGAAAUGUUUUUCAAUGCUUUUCCCUUUUCCUGUUGACCACAGCUGUCAGUGCUGUUUGGAUCUUCUUAAUGCAGUGCACUAGGAUAAGAAUUGCUGUCUGUUUGGAUCUUGCUACAAAUAAAGCGUUUUUGUGAAAGCCUGUAGCACUAAAUACUUGCCAAACGGUAUGAACAAUAUGCCUGAGGAGCUCAAAACAUGAGGUCAAAUUUGCAGUCUCUUGCUUUAUGCUUCUUCAUUUGCCUUGGGGGCGUGUAGAUAACUAUUGAGAUCCUUGGAUUUUCUAUUUCCUGGAAGUUGCCAAUGUGUCACACGUUCAAAGAUGAAGCCACAGUGUCCCUGUCUGACCCUUUCCAGGACAGUGUUACUGUCCCAGUGCUCAGUGCCAUGUGUUAUAUUUGGACCUGACCACCUGUGACCUGGUUCUUCAGUGGCAUCCAUCCUUCACAACUGCUACAAUUCAGACCUAGAGAGCAAUGCCUCUCCUUUCCAAGUGCCAGCCAGGCACUUUCCAAAUCCUACCCUGUUGAGGCAGUGCCCAAAUUGUGAGAUUAUAGGCUUCCUGGAAGUGGGUGGUGUUAGGAGAGCCUGGUUGUGAAUGAAUCUUUCCUGGAGAAAUUAAUGUGGGAAACUAGGAUGUGUCUCUGUCUAUGCAGGAGCUUUUAAAACAAAAUCCUUCGCGUGUGCCUAUCUUCCUUCUGGUCUUGUUAAAAACUACAUAGCUGUAGCAAAGCAGAGGGCCCCUUGGGUACUUUUAAAUUGCUCUGAGCUAUUUGGGGAGCUGUUGGUUGUGUUUAACUGAGUCAGAGGGAAGAGUUAUCACCUUAAAACUUGAGUGUGAAGAAUCCUUUGUAGCCUUUGCCUCUCAAGGUCGCGUUGGUACUGAAACUGCAUUUUCAGCAGCCUGGUUUUGCUUUAAUUAUGAAUGUUAAACCUUGACUGAUGUAAGCCCUUUCUUUUUAUAGAAAUCUCCUUGGGAGGAAAGGCCAUGACAGUCUAGUGUCAGGUAACAUCUGCGUGAGUCUGCCAAGCAGCACAAGGAAAGCUCAGGUUCCACCAGGUUAACACGCAGUGAACCUAGGUUCACUGCAGGUUUUAAUGGCUGCGCCUUUCUCAAAUGCUCUUCCUGCAUUGGGGCAGCAUCAGUGUUACUCAUCUGUAGAUGCACAGAUGUCUGAAAUUCAGCUGAAGUGUCUGAUUGGAAAAAUAGGACUAAACCUAACACAGAAUACACAGUCAAAUAAUUUAAAAAUAAUGUAAAAUAUACUGAUUGGAAGGCAGCUGCUUAAGAAGGAUAAGUCAUAACCUUGGAGUACUUUGAACGUGCUGAAAACUAUUCUGUCUUUUCUAUCUGCAUCUAUCCUGUCUAUUCCUAUGAUGCGUAGUGUUUGUGAUCUUGCCUGAAAAUCUGAUAUCACCUUGGUCCUACAUAAGACUGGUAUCUUUUGCAUUUGUUUUAUAGAAAUUCUAUAUUUGUUACUUUAGGUUGUUCUCUGCAACUGAACCAUCUUUAAAGAGUUAGUUAGAAAGGAAGAGGGCAACAAUGCAAAAGCCUUCAGCAGUGUCCAACAAUAAUAACAACAAAUACAUAUCAAGAUAGUCCCAUGAGGGACUGUAUUGACCUAGUCACAAUGAGUUACUCCAAAAAAAAAAAAAAAAAAAAAAAUCACAUUUUGAGUACCUAUGCCUGUGUU